UGUUAACUUCGGCGGGUCGUUGUGACUUCAGAUGAGUUGGAAGUUCUCUCGACUUGUUUGAAUCAGGGAUUGUGGAAACAUUUUUUUCGAAUCAGGGAGAUUCUAUAGGUCUACGGUGGAGAGUUACACCCAGUUUCACGAUCUGUCUUAGCCUACUAGCAGCUCGAUCCCCUCGGUGGAGGAUUUCUCUUGACUUAAAAGAUUUCCAAGAACCACAAUGCCUGCUGCAAAACAAGAGCUGGUUAGUCUGGAUGAUAUCAUCGAGGAGUGGGCCAUGGACAUGUUUAAGAGGACGGCCAACAAAAAACAGCAAAAGAUCCCUAAAGAUUGCCUGAUGAAGACCAUCAGUUACAAGCGUGUGAAGUUCGACCACGUCGAGCCGAAAUACGAAGACGAAAGGAGGGUCGCCAAGCCGAUGAGCCAAGUGCUAUUCAAGUCUCAUUUCACAAACAACACGGAACAGGACCAGGAAUAUUCGUUCAAGACGGAGCGGACAACCAGAUCGACCUGCGAGGUUGAGUACGAGGAGGGUUACACUGUCGGGCAAGAAGUCAGUGUCACACUGAAGACACCUGGCGAGGUGUUUGAAGCGAAUGCUGGGUUUCAUCGCGAGCUGUCUCUGAUGAAGACCGAGGGUGAGACGAAGGAGGAGGAACUCAACUGGGCCGUGGACAGCCAGAUUCGCGUCCCACCCAAACACGAAACGGUGGCCGAAUUGGUGAUUAGUGAGGAACAGUACGCAGCCCAGUUCACUAUUGAAACAACCAUCAGGGGGACUGUACAUGUUGUCUUCACCAAUCUUAGUGACAACAACUCUUUUGUGAAGUCGGUUGAUUCCAACAUUGUCGACAUCUUCAGAAAAAAAAUCAGCGAGGGACGUCUGAAAUCAUUCAAUAUUGAUGGAAAUUGUAUUCGGAGUCAAUUCAAGGGGUUGUGCAAGUUUCGGUAUGGUAUUGAACAGCAUGUGAAGCUGUCGGAGGCGGCACUGAACAAUCGCCAUUAACUCUCUUAGUAGGGUUUUUCAUGUCUGCCUGUGAUAUGGGACCACCUUAGAGACAGUUUAUAUAGAUACUAUCCCUGUAUCAUCUUUAGGAUAUCAUGACUGUAAGUUUGGCAGUGCGUUUUAAAAAGCCUGGAGCCAUCACAUCCAGGAAGGAUUACAGGAACUGGACUUCCACUUUUCAUAGAGGGUAACAACCUGUUGUCAAGGGAGUGCUCCGUCCACCUUUACCACAUCUAGAGGUACAAUGUAAAUUAUGAGCAAGGUUGUCCCCAGUUUAACAACAACCUGUUGUUCCUGAGGACUACAUUGUAUCACACCCAUAGUGAGGGGGGGAAGUCUUUCAGAGUUCAUAACAGCCACCUUUUAGUCAGCUGUUUCUUAGAUUCCAGAACAACCAACACCAGUGAAGGGUACUCAUGAGUUUAGUUUAGAAAACCUAAUAGUGAAGAGUUCACAGCAUACUGCUGUAUAUAGCUACAUGACAUUGCCUUGCUACAUCAUGUUAAACGCAUGUAGAAUAAAGCCGGUGUUGACGACUAAGUCACAACACAGUGUUAUGCUUGCCACUCGGAGUGAAGAAAAGAGUACGAUUGUUUUUGUACAUG